AUGCUUCGACCCGCGACACCGCUGACGGUGCUGCUGGCCGCAGCCUUGGCCCUGCUCAUCAUAUCCGUCAUAUCGGUGCCCGUCACAAAGUCCAUCUAUCUCGGCAAAGCAGAUAACACCGUAUACGGCGUACUUGGCAAAUGCAUUGGCGACAAGUGCAGCAGUGCUGGCCUUGGUUAUGACGUCACCGCCGACGGUUCGAGCACAUUUACUAUGCAGGAGUCUGUUCGCAAGACGCUCUCCAACAUUCUCAUUCUGCACCCAGUCGCGGCCGCCGUCACCCUUCUCAUGCUGAUCAUGGCUGGAGCUUCUCACGCGCACGCCGCCGCCCACUCGGCCCGAUACCUUCUCGUUCUCUUCAUCCUUACUCUUCUUGCCUUUUUAAUCGCCCUCGUCGCCUUUGUCAUCGACAUUGUCCUCUUCCUCCCGCACAUGGCCUUUGGAACUUAUCUCGUCCUCGCCGCCGCCAUCAUCCUCGCCAUCAGCGCCGUUGUGACAUUCUCAAUGCGUCGAUCCAUGAUGGGUAGAAAGAAGCGCAGACAAUUGAUUGCUGAGAAUGCCGAGAUGAGCGGCGAAAACUACUACAACCGCGAGGCCAGCAAGCCAUUCGGCAGCACCAUUUCCAGUGUUCCUGCCCCGCACACGGCCAUGUCCGGUGCAAAUUCCGGCGCUGACGGCUUGCCCGUGUUUGCCUCGUACGAGAGCACCCGCCAAAAGGAUGAUCAAGUUAGUGACGAGCGCAUCCCACUCACACAGGCCGGCACAGCGGACCGCACCCCCGGAACAAACAAUAAUGACCUCGCAAACCUUGGACCCUCGCGCUCUGCCUCACGCGACCGAUACGGAAACCAGCCGGUCCAAGGAGACCCUUACGGAGCCCAGAGUCAAGGAUAUGGCCCCAACGGCCGCCCCGGAGGAGGCAUGCCUGGUUAUCGUGGAGGUGGCGCCCCGCGCGGUGGUCGCGGUGGCUAUGGUGGCUAUGGCGCGCCGAUGCGCGGAAGAGGGGGCUAUAACCGCGGUGGUAUGGCGCCUCGUGGCAGAGGCGGCCCUUAUGGCCAGCGGGGAGACGGAUAUAGCCAGCCGCGAGACGAAUAUGGCCAGCCACGAGACGGAUAUGGUGGCCCAGCAAUGGCGGGCGCUGCCAUGGCAGGAGGUGCCAUGGCUGGAGCUGCAAUGGUCCGUGGUGGCCACCAGGGCUACAACAGACGGCCUUCGGUUCCGGAUUCGUACAACGCCUACAAUAAUCAGCUAGCCGACAGACAAGGAGAGUACAACAAUUGGGCAUCGCAAAGCAACCCGAGCUACGCAAACACUGACGCAGAUUUGCCGCGCGCCGAAUCGCCGCCACCGCUCCCCACCGAAGUCCCAGCUCCCGCGGGUCUAGCUCCCACGGGCCAAGCUUCCACGGGAGUUGACCAGCCUUCCGAGUUGGCUACCAAGGUGUCGGAUCAUCAUGGCUAUGGCGCACCACCUAUCAACACGACCCUUGUGAACGAUGCCGAUGCUACCGGCAUGGUUCACAUGCAGCAAGGUCACCCUAUGGGGCAGAUACGCCCUGGCUACGUGAGCGAUGGAAGCAAGUACAGCACGGACGAGUAUCUUCCUCCACGUGCCGCCUGGAACAACGACUCUGGCAGACGAUCCUCGCGGGACCAGUCUUCCGUCUACGGCGCCGAUCGCCGCUCCCCAGCUGUCGACUACCGCGGGCCGACCAGUCCUCUGGCGGCAGGUCCUAGUUCCCGUGGCGGCUAUUACGAAGACGUCGAACCCAAGUACGAACCCUCCGGCCCCCAUCCGGCCCUUAUCGCCUCGCCUUCUGAGCCCGUCUACGAGGAUGCGCACGUCAUGGAUGGAUCACGCAGCCCGGCGGGAUCGGAGCGAUCCAACUUUACGUCUGUUUCGCAGCGUGGUGUCAACCCGCGCUGGAAUCCGCACCAGCAUCCCAUGCCCAGCAACAGUGCGCGUCGCGUGCAGCAGCAGCAGCAGCGGCAAGACAUACUUCUAGACAAUCCCGACUUUCAGCUCGCAGGCGGUCGUUCCGGGAAGCUCAAACAUGGCAACCCGUCCGGCCUAGUCCCUGGAAGCGCGUAUCCCAACGCGAUAUAG